AACUGACUAGAGUUAGACAGUCUAGUGGCUAGACCUCCAUUCAUUGGACACUACGGAACACCUGGAACCGUACUGAAAGAACAAGAAUCGAGUACAAAAUAUUGGAUAUUGGAUUAUGAUGUGCAAGUUUUGACAAACGCGUAACUUUUCUAUAUCUGCCGUAGCUGUCUUUUGUUGUUGAUGAAUUCUCGUACAUCUUAACACUUCCUUUGUUUUUUCAUACAGGCUACUCACAUUUCUUUUCCAGUCGGUCAGUAACUGCUCAUCAUGGGAAAAAAGCAGCAUCAGAAAGACAAACUUUAUAUUACAUGUACAGAAUGGAGUACAUUGUAUGGUGGAAAACGUGCUACUGAUAGUGGCCGACAAUUUAAACGGCUUCCAUUCCACUGUUGCAGCAUUUCUUUUCAACCUUUCUUAAAUCCAUAUUGUACAAAAGAGGGAAUAAUUUUCGAUUUAGAGAAUAUUUUACCAUUUCUCAAAAAGCAUGGAAUUAAUCCUGUUACUGGGUUGAAAAUGAAAAUGAGUGAAUUGAUCAAGUUAAAUUUUCAUCGUAAUUCUGAUGGAAAAUUUCAUUGUCCUGUAACAUUUAAAGUAUUCAAUGAAAAUACACAUAUUGUUGCCAUUAAACCAACAGGAAAUGUGUAUUGCUUUGAUGCUGUUCAACGUUUAAAUUUAAAGGCAAAUAAUUUUCUUGACUUACUCAAUUCUGAACCAUUUACAAAAGAUGAUGUCAUUACAAUACAAGAUCCUGCACAACUAGAAAAAUUUAACAUUUCCGCUUUUUAUCAUGUGAAAAAUAAAGAAGAAGCUCAAAAUGAAGGCAAUGUAGUAGUUAUACGUUCGUUAAAUCAAGAAACAAAAGAAACUCUGGCUGAAUUACCGAAAGAAAUUUCAGUACCAGACUAUAUGUAUUCAUCAAAGAAAAAUUCAGUAGAUACAGGAAAAAAACGUGACGUUUUUAAUACAGCUACUUAUUCAACUGGUCGAGCAGCAGCUUCACUUACUUCAACUGUUAUGGAACCGGUAACAAAAAUUGAACCAGCCAUUCUCGAAGAUGAUGUAGUCCGAUAUAAGUAUGUAAAAAAGAAAGGUUAUGUCAGUCUGAUUACUUCACAUGGAAAAUUAAACCUUGAGUUGCAUUGUGAUUUAGUUCCAAAAACAUGUGAAAAUUUUCUACGUCAUUGUUCUGCCGGUUAUUAUAAUGAUACAAGUUUUCAUAGACUUAUUCGCUACUUCAUUGUUCAAGGAGGUGAUCCAACUGGUACUGGAUUUGGUGGUGAUUCAGUAUGGGGUGGAUCUUUUGAAGAUGAGUUCGUGCCUAAUUUAAGUCAUGAUACACGUGGUGUUGUAUCGAUGGCUAAUUCUGGACCAAAUACUAAUCGAUCUCAAUUCUUUAUUACUUUUCGAAAGUGCAAACAUUUAGAUCGAAAGCAUACUGUAUUCGGCAAGGUUGUUGGAGGCUUAGAUUUCUUAGGAAAAAUUGAAAUGAUGGAAACCGAUAAAGAUGAUCGACCAUUGGAAGAUAUACAAAUAAUCAAUUGUGAAGUAUAUGUGGAUCCAUUUAAAGAUAUUGAUGAAAUGUUAAUGAAAGAACGUGCUAAUAUUAGUGAAGCAAAAAACACUGAUAGUACUACUGAUAAAACUUUACAUCCGAAACCAGGCAAUCGUCGAGAAGAAGAAGCUUUAGAAGCUGCUGAACGUGCUAAACGCAAUGAACAAAAUGGUAUCAUUGCAAAAGAAGUGUAUCGAACCGGUGUUGGUAAAUUUAUUCAUGAACAUCUAGAUCAAUUUGAUACAAAAACUAUGAUAACUACUAAUAAACAUGGAAAAGAUAAUGAUUCCAAUUUACAGAUGAAUGAAGAAGUUUUGCGUAAAAAACAAAAACUUGUAUUAAAAUCACAACUGACUGAUUUCUCUUCAUGGUGAUAUUAUUAUUCUUUAACGGAAUUUUUGUAUAUUAUCAGAAA